AUGCAUAACCUUCCCGUCGAGCUCGUCACUCACAUUCUUACAUUCAUCGACCCCAAAGCCGAUCUACAAAGUCGCAUCUACCAAGACCCUACAAAACUCUCGAGACCCGUGCCAUCUAGGUCAAAUACACCCUUAAAGAAUGCUUCGCUAGUCUGUCGUCUCUGGAGAACUUCUCUGUUAAAACCUCUCUUUCGACAUGUCGUCUGGUCUUUUUGGCGCUUCUACAAGCCAACUACACAAGACAUCGUGUCCGAAAUCGAGGUCUUGAGUUUCAUACGUCGCAACAACUUGUCAUCCACUGUCGAAAGUUUCACUAUUCUGGUUGAUGUUCCUCUGAAGUCUGGUCAAAUUCAAAAUGCCGAUGAUCAGUUCUGGGGAGUUUUGCCCCCUGCACAGCUUCAACCAGAGACACGUCCCUCCAUGCACUGGUUCCAGUCUGUGCCAGACAAUGAGGGCGACGGCGACCACGAAGAAAUCAGACAUGAAGAAAUCAGACACAAUGAAGACAGCGUGCAGGUCCAUUGGGACAACAACUGGCUUUGGCACACCAUAUUCAACGUUGUAGAUCCUUUGCGCAUCACAUUAAUCAGCCCAAUAGAAACCCUCGCCUCUUUUCUCAGCCGAUCUGUUGAUCUGUCGAGCAACUGGGCUUUCGAUAGCACAUACCAUGUUCUAUCGCUAUCACGACCAUCUCGUAGUCCCGGGAGCAAGAGAGGAUCAGAUCUGCUACCGUCACAGCAACCUGGACUGCGGGAUCGUAUCCCUUGCGACUUAUUCCACAUCAGGGACUGGCCCUCACUUCUCAUCAACGAAGGAUCCUUCGCACCUGUCUACUCCACCUACGAAUUUUUUCACUACUCAGCACCAACUAUUCUCCCUGCUAUCUUUAACGAUUCAGACCUUUCGUUCAGCGUCAUGCGCGAAAACCUCAAAUCGCUAUCAUACAUUGCUACGUUCCCCCUUUCCCACCAGAUCUCAGACUUUCUCAUUCCUCACUGUCCACCCGUUGAGCACCUCUUUGUGCAGCUCAUGCCCAAGGACCGCGACUUUUGGGAAAGCAGUAGUCUUGCAAAGGUCAAUCUUUCCGAUCUGUGGCUCGAGUGUGAUACAUCGUACGCCCUCCUCGUGCGUCAGUUGCUGCAACCUGUUCCCCAGCAGGGUUGGGAGAAUUUGAGAGUAUUUGAGUCGGGCGACAAGCCAGCAGAAGGUGUCUGGAGGAUGAACACGUAUGAUGCUCAGAUCAAUGGCGUAAACGGGUGGAAGGAAGAGAGCGAGGGUGUUUUCGUCAAGAAUGUUGCCCAAGACGACAGCCAAGAACAAGCUGCAGAAGAUGAAUUUUAA